CGAAUAUGAGUAAAGAAGACCGAGUGAAAAUACAUAAUGCUAUAAAAAGUCUAUUCAAAACGAACGUGAACAGUAAUACUGUCGAUAAAGGAGACAAGAAGAUAUUGAAGAUUUCCUACGUUGCCAAUGAGAAUCAAAAUAAGAUUCGCAGGAGCUGGACCGAAGGAGAAUUCCUGCAUUUUGUACUCUAUAAAGAGAAUACAGAUACAACGGAGGCUAUCAAUUUGAUUGCUGCUAAGUUGAGAAUAAAGCCGAGCUCAGUGAUGUACGCAGGCAUCAAGGACAAACGCGCGCGCACCACACAAGCAAUGUGCAUCAGACGAAUGUUCCCGAACAAGAUGGCCGCCAUUCAGCCGUUCCGCAGCAUCACUAUUGGCAACUACUGCUUCAAGAAGAAGGCCCUACGACUGGGCAGUCACUACGGCAACCGGUUCAGGAUUGCUAUCAGGAACGUGUUGGCUGAGGAGAGCCUGAUAGCAGCUAACGUGGCUUCCCUCCAGGAGACUGGGUUCAUCAACUAUUUCGGCCUGCAACGCUUUGGUCAGUCUGUGACGUCACCCACCUACGUCGUCGGCAAGGCUAUUAUCAAUCGCAAUUGGAAGGAGGCUGUCGAGGUAGUGCUACGUCCCAGGCCGGGCGAACGUAGCUACGUGGACGUAGCGGAGGCACGCGACGUAUGGUGGAAGACACGUUGCUCCAAGUCGGCAUUGAAGACGUUACGUUCGCAGACGUCGGGAAUCGAGAAGAAAAUCUGGCAGACGUUGGCUGAUCAGCAUGAGAACGCCUACCUCAAUGCGCUAGAAAGCCUACCGAGAUCCACGUUGUCUCUAUACUGUCACGCGUUCCAGAGUUUGAUAUGGAAUAGGGUUGUUUCUAGAAGGGUUAAAGAGUUGGGACAUGUUGUGUUGGCUGGGGAUCUGGUGGUUGUAGAAGAUGAGGUGGAAGAAGUUGAACGGGGAGAGGAUAGUGUGGGGAAUGCCUCUGGGGAAAGAGGCACGGUUGUGGAAAGUGAUGGGAAGGGGCAUGCCUCAGAGGGACAAGGGAGUAAUGAUGAGAAUAGUGUUGAAUGUGAGAGGGAAGGAAAGGGGCAUGCCUCAGAGGAACAAGGCAUAGUUGGGGAGAGUAGUAGUGUUGAAUGUAAGGGGCAUGCCUCUGAGGAAAGUGGCACAGUUGAGAGGAACUAUGAUGGAAAAAGUGUUGAAAAUGAGAAGGGGCAUGCCUCUGAGGAACAUAUUGUGGAAGAACCAGUGUGGAAAGUGAGACAUCUCACCGAGGAAGAGGCCAAGGUUACCAGCAUUGACAAAAUCGUCUACCCUCUCCCAGGGUCUCAAAUUGUACUACCUGACAAUAUAGUGAGGGAGUUCUACAAAGAAGCGUUAGCCGAAGAAGGGGUGACAAUGGAUAGUUUCAAAAACAAGGGGUCUGGUAACAAAACGUUGACAUCUAUGUACGGAACUUACAGGAAUAUCGUUGUGAAACCGACGGAUCUGAGUUGGAAGUUGGUGAAUUACAAGGAUUUAAGUGACGAUUUGUUUAGGAGUGAGUUGGAUGAAUUGAGGGGUAAUGGGGUGAUAGAACACCCCGAAACGGGGUCCCACAGGGGGUUGUUGCUUGAGUUUUCGUUGGGGUCCUCGUCGUAUGCUACAAUGCUGAUAAGGGAGUUAAUGAGGUGUGGGACUUCGUCUACGUUUCAUGCGCAUUUGACCGCUAAGGAAGCGAAUUUGAACGCAAAAGAGGAGAAUUCGACCACCAAAGAGGUGGAAGGAGAGCGGAAAGGAGAGGAAGAGGAGGGACCCGUGGCGAAGAGGGUCAAAAAGGAGGAGGAGGAGAAUGGGGAGGAGCAGGGAAGUGCGGCGAAGAGGGUGAAAAUGGAGGAAGAAGAAGAAAAUGGGGUUCAAGAAGGGAGUUGAGUUGUUUUUUGAAGAUUGUGGAGUAAGAGUGGGGAUUGAAAUUGUAGACGAAGAUGUGCAGAAGAAGGAACAGAGAGGGAAAAUAAGGAAGAAGAAAAUGUGGAGGAGGAAGGAGACAGAGUUGAUCUUUGAAAAUUGUAAGUGUGAUUGAAAUUGUUGACGAAGAUGGGAAGGAGGAAGAAGGAUCAGAGAGAAAGAUGUUGAAAGGAGAAGGAAGACAAAUUGGAAUAAUUGUAGAUAAGGGAAGAAGAAAGAGCGGAGAGGACGAUGUGUUGAAAAGAAAAGGAAGAAAUGAUUGGGGAGGAAGUUGGAUAAUUUGAAUUGAUAUUUGCAAAAAGAAAAUUAUGAGAACGGACGGAAUGGGUGUAAAAGGAGACUGAGUACCGUCAUAGAGAAACAAUAGCAUAAGUAGAUAUCCCAUGGUAUAGGGCGAUUAUGUCGCAACUUUUACUGUUAUCUCAAGCCUAUAGUCCACGUAGUUCUUUCCCGUGAAGCUGUGUGACGCUGGUAGUCUCUCAUACUGUGCCGUUCUUACACACUCACCCCAACAAACGGUAAAAAUACUCAAUUAUCGACAGUAAUCGGCUUGUGAUAACAGUAUAAGUUGCGACAAGAACGCCCUAUACCAUGGGAUAUCUACUUAUGCUAUUGUUUCUCUAUGGCACCGUAUAGCUGUUAAAAGGUUAAAGGAUGAUUCAGGAUGAAAAUAUAGAUAAAGAUGAUGAUUGAUUGAUGGAUUUUUUAUUGAUCACAGACGAGGAAGAAGAAAAACGAGAGGUGAAGAAAGAAACAGUAAAUGAAGAGGAACAAGGAAGUUUCAUUCAUUUUUUUAUUUGUUUUGUUUUAACACAAAUGUAACAUUGUAUAUGAGUUGAAAUGUUUUCAUGUGUAACAGUUUAUAAUUCAUUCAGAGUUUUGAAAUGUAUGUGAUGAGAUAUGUUUUAAAUUGUCAACCAAAAUAUUGAUUUAACCAACACUGACUGUUUAUUUAUUUUUAUUUAUUUAUUCAUAUGCAAAUACAAUUCAGGUAAAAACAACAGGCAUUUGCCUAAAACUGUUUCACACCUUAAUUGGGAAUACACAGUCUAAAGGUUAUGUUACUUAAAUGAUAACUUAAUUCGCACAUAAUUUUGAGUCCAAAUGAAUGUAUAUUUACUACAAUUUCAAAUCUAUCAGAUUGAUAAAUUUUCAAAUAUGAAUCCAAACAAAAAUCUUCCUUCACAAAUAAAUAAAUACAGUUUAAAAUGUAUCACACUAAAAGAAGUAAUCACGAAACGUUCUUAGUCAAGCACGCUUUCGUUUGUCAAUCAAAAUGAUUCUUGUAGCUUUUUAAACGAUUCUUAUUCAUUCAUUAUUUAUCUAUUUAUUUAUUUAUAAGGAGAGAACAGGAAAGAACCCAUUUUGUCUCCACGAUUCAAUAUUUAGGACUAUCUGUAUAACCUUAUCUAAAUUUGGGUAAGGAAUAGCAUAAGGUUACCUUAUUUUCUCUCUCCCUAUCAUUUUCAUGAUUUAAAGUAUUGUAUGAAUCAAUCAAUAAAUUUUCUACCACCAUUGAGCUUCUUAAAUUUUCGAAAAUUUUGUGAAGUGAACAACUACAAGACUCAUUUUGGACUAUGUGUAACCUUAUCUAAAUUUGGGAGAGGAAUAGCACAAGGUUACCUUAUUUUUCCCCUCCCUAUCAUUUUGAUGAUGGUACUUAUUGUAUUAAUCAAUAAAGAAUAAUAAUAUACAAUUGAAUAAAAAUACUUGUUCAAGAAAAUAUAGAUGGAUACAGCGUUAAAAGGUCUGGCCCGGUCGCACAAAAGCCGGUUAAAUUUUAAUGUUGAUUAAUUUCACGAGAACCAAUCAGAGAAGGCUUUUCUGAAAAGACGGCUUCUCUGAUUGGUUCUCGUGGAAUUAAUCACGAUUAAAACUUAACCGGCUUUUGUGCAACCGGGCCCUACAAUCACAAAGCUAGUAGAAUAUUGAUCAAAUAGAUUCUGAUUGGUUUCAAGCAACCAAAUUUUAUCAGAGAUUAACAAUGGUGUAACAACCGAAACCGGUCUUUCUACUUUGAAUAUAAUCUGUGGUUUUGACAAUUUCUUAGUAGUUUUAUUUAACAGCCAAAUUUUAUUUACUUUUAAAAUCAUUUCUAUGAUUUCUUUGUGUCUAGAUGAAUGAAUAAAUAUUGAUUCAAUAUGUUGGUUCUAAUGGCAACUAAGGAGUGCUGAGCUAACACAUUUUUUAUAAUCGUUCAUAAAUACGGCUAUGAAUUUUUUCAAGUAUAAUUUGAAAUUAUUGAAAUCAAUAUUGUAUUAAACUUACAGAUUCAUAAUAAUAUUAGGCUAGAUUAGUCAUUAGUUUUGAAGUGGAAAUUGAACUU